UUCAGUCGCAUUUUCCCUCGAGGUCUCCUUGCAAUGGCAGCAGAACCCGAGCGCGGCUCGUUCGUGGAAAAUGCGAAGAGCUUCAGGAGGUCUUUGUAAGCGGAUCUUUUGAGGGCACGUCGUGGAUUUGGUAGAAAUACGAGGAGCGCGUUAAAAGCCGCGGCGCGGGUGUAUGUAUGUAUGUAGACAUGGCAGGGCUGUGCACAUCCGGGCCACAGGACCGUGACUCCAUUAUUUUCUGUUCACUGUGAAACUCGCGCUGAGGGCAACCAGAGAGCAACUCUACAGCACGUUCAACUCGUUUUCUGUUAUAAUCAGCCGGGAUAAGGGUCAAGGACAUGUCUAAUCAAGGAGUUAGAAGAAAUGGACCCGUGAAGUUGCGUUUAACAGUUCUGUGCGCAAAGAACCUGGUGAAGAAAGACUUCUUCCGACUGCCAGACCCCUUCGCUAAGGUGGUGGUGGACGGUUCAGGGCAGUGCCACUCAACAGACACAGUGAGGAACACGCUGGACCCCAAAUGGAACCAGCACUAUGACCUGUAUAUCGGGAAGUCGGACUCCAUCACCAUCAGCGUGUGGAACCAUAAGAAGAUCCAUAAGAAACAGGGAGCGGGAUUCCUGGGAUGCGUACGACUCCUCUCCAACUCUAUUAACCGACUCAAGGACACAGGCUGUAAGUAUCAGCGUUUGGACCUGAACAAGUUGGGGCCCAAUGACAGCGAUACCGUGAGGGGACAGAUAGUAGUUAGUCUUCAGUCCAGGGACAGGAUAGGCUCCGGAGGGCCAGUGGUGGACUGCAGUCGUCUGUUUGACAACGACCUGCCUGAUGGCUGGGAGGAGAGGAGAACUGCAUCUGGCCGGAUCCAGUAUCUGAAUCAUAUCACACGCAGCACCCAAUGGGAGAGACCUACUAGGCCUGCAUCCGAGUACUCGAGCCCCGGCCGGCCACUCAGCUGCCUGGUGGAUGAGAACACGCCCAUCAUGACGCCCAACGGGGCAGCAGUCGUACCUGCAGAUGACCCCCGGGUGCAGGAGCGGAGGGUUCGCUCUCAGAGACACAGAAACUACAUGAGCAGAACUCACCUACACACACCGCCCGACCUGCCUGAGGGAUACGAGCAAAGGACCACGCAGCAGGGUCAGGUGUACUUCCUGCACACGCAGACGGGCGUCAGCACAUGGCACGACCCCAGAGUGCCCAGGGAUCUCAGUAAUGUGAAUUGUGAGGAGUUGGGCCCAUUGCCUCCAGGCUGGGAGAUAAGAAACACAGCCACCGGACGGGUGUACUUUGUGGACCACAACAACCGAACCACACAAUUCACAGACCCGCGUCUCUCCGCUAACCUGCACCUCGUCCUAAAUCCCAGUCCGAAUGGCUCCCGUGGUCCCGUUGAGGCUCAGAGCAGCAGUCGUCCCGGACAGCUGAAGGAGCAGGCUCAGUCUGUCAUGUCUCCCGGAAAUCUCCCCGAGGACCCUGAAUGUCUCACGGUGCCCAAGUACAAGCGAGAUCUGGUGCAGAAACUGAAAAUCCUGAGACAGGAGCUGUCCCAGCAGCAACCGCAGGCAGGACACUGCCGUAUCGAGGUCUCGCGUGAGGAGAUCUUUGAGGAAUCAUAUCGGCAGGUGAUGAAGAUGAGGCCGAAGGACCUGUGGAAGAGGUUGAUGGUCAAGUUCAGAGGAGAGGAAGGUCUCGACUAUGGUGGAGUCGCAAGGGAGUGGUUGUACUUGCUGUCGCAUGAGAUGUUAAAUCCAUACUAUGGACUGUUCCAGUAUUCACGAGAUGACAUCUACACGCUACAGAUCAACCCGGACUCUGCCGUCAAUCCGGAGCAUUUGUCCUAUUUCCACUUUGUGGGGAGGAUUAUGGGAAUGGCAGUUUUCCACGGGCACUACAUAGACGGAGGCUUCACUCUGCCCUUCUACAAGCAGUUGCUGGGGAAACCCAUCACUCUGGACGACAUGGAGUCAGUGGAUCCAGAUCUCCACAACAGCCUCGUCUGGAUCCUAGAGAAUGACAUCACUGGGGUGUUGGACCACACGUUCUGCGUUGAACACAAUGCAUACGGAGAGAUCAUUCAGCAUGAGCUCAAACCCAACGGCAAGAGCAUCCCUGUCACCCAGGACACCAAGAAGGAGUAUGUGAGGCUGUAUGUGAACUGGCGGUUCCUGAGGGGCAUCGAGGCUCAGUUCCUGGCCCUGCAGAAAGGCUUUCAUGAGGUCAUCCCACAACACCUACUCAAGGCGUUUGAUGAGAAAGAGUUGGAGCUUAUUGUGUGUGGACUCGGGAAGAUCGACAUCAAUGACUGGAAGUCAAACACCCGUCUGAAGCACUGCACACCUGACAGUAACAUCGUGAAGUGGUUCUGGCGGGCCGUGGAGUCGUAUGAUGAGGAGAGGAGAGCCAGACUGCUGCAGUUUGUCACCGGCUCCUCCAGAGUCCCACUACAAGGAUUCAAAGCCCUGCAAGGUGCUGCUGGACCACGUCUCUUCACCAUCCAUCAGAUCGACGCCAGUACCAACAACCUGCCAAAAGCACACACGUGCUUCAACCGUAUCGACAUUCCUCCAUACGAGAGCUACGAUAAACUCUACGACAAACUGCUGACGGCCAUCGAGGAGACCUGCGGCUUCGCUGUGGAAUGAUCGUCCGCCGCCGGCGCUCGCAGAGGAACCUUUCUCCAGGCGGGACAGACCUGUCAGUCAGCCGGCAGAUGUGUGGGCCUCACGAGGAGCUCAGACGGAAAGGCUGAGGAAGGGUGGAUUAUCCCGCAGCACUCGACGCCUGAUGCUGCUAUACAGAUCUUUCUGCAUUAUUUGAAAAGAAGAGAAGAAAACAACGUAUCUUUUCAGCUGCUAGUAACUCUUGUACUUACUAUUUUGGAACCUCCCCUUCCUCUUUUUUUUGUUUUUUUUUAUAAAAAGUCCAUAAGAUGAUUUUUAGCAUUAAGACAACAUAUUAACAGUAUUUCGUGUAGCAUUUUCACAGACUAUAGACUUUAGGAGAGGCCGAACUUUAGCGGGGCACACAGAACAAGAGCGUUCAGGCAUAAGCUAACGCAGAAGCACUACUGUCCUUACCGAAGACUAGACGAGAGGAAGAAGCCAAUGUCAACUAAAGACUAAGUUUGUCAUUUGGAACUUGCAAAGGGUGCUAAUCUUCGGCCCACUUGGACUUCAGCAAGCCGCGAGAUGAAUUUCCUUUCGAUCAAGGAACUGGGCUCCACUGGCCUCUUCUGGGCUUGCCCUACACCAGACGCCAUCUUGACUGCUCCAUUCCUCAAGACUGGUGUCAUCCGCAGACUGAUUUAUAAGCCUGUUGAACGUGAACGAACGAAUACAUGAAUUCUUAGGUAGGUAGGUAGUCUAGCUUUAUUUUUUUACGGCGUGAGAGGACGAGGUAAAAAGAAUAAAAUUAUACAGAUAUAAUAUAUUGGCAUCGUCACAGGAACCGUUGCCGAUGUUUCCAGAGCAGAAAAUGAAGUUGUGCCCAUUGAAAAGGCAUCAGUGAGGUUGGCAUUGGCUUGCUUUGAAUGUUCAAAUUCCAUCUUUUUUUUUUUUUUUGUAAGUAAACUUGUGAAGAAAAACAUUUUAAUAUGUUGCAUUAUUGGUGUCAACUUUUUGGUAAACUGUAUUCUUAUUUGUCUCCGAUGUCAAUCGAACCCUUUAAAAGAUUUAAAUAUGAUGCAUAUGUAUGAGCAUGUUAAUGAGAUGUGAAGUGUCUUCCAUUUCAUACCUUCUCAUUAUAUUUCAUAAAAGAAGAAAUGUAACCGUUUACCCCUCAUGGAAAUCAAGGGAGAGUAGUGUCCGUAUUCUUAUUUUUGUAAUUUAUUAUUAACCCAUUGUAGUACCAAUUUACUGAACAUUUUUACCAUGAAAAAUGUCACUGGCCUUCAGUGAGCAUUACAGACGAACUGCAAGAAUCACUGUACUAAAGAACAAGAAACAAUUCUGUCUUUUAUAGAAAUACAUCAGCUUUAGGGGUAAAUCUAGCAGAAAACAACAAAAGCAUGUCUGAUGUGCUCUUUGUAAGCCUCUGAAAUGCACAUCUUGAAAACCUGUUCCUUCAAGAUUAUUAAAAGAAACUGCAUAAAUAAACACAUGCGGUUUUAUAUAAUAUAUAUAUAUAUAUAUAUAUAUUGAAUGUUUCUGAGAUGCUGUCUGUCUAUAGCAAUCCUCUAUGACCAUGGACUGUUGUUAAGAGUUUGCAUACGCUGAAUAUGAGCUAUACAUCUUUUGUUAUUUUUUUUUAAUAAAUUUGAGUGUGAAAGGUCGUGAAAAAAAAUAAAAUAAAAAAAAGUCCUUUGGACAGAUAGUUAUAGAAUAUUGUUCAUAUAUGUGGGUCACUGACUGUCAUUUAUCUUUAAUUUAAUUAGAUUUGAAAGAAAAAAAUACAUUUUGCACACACACACUAUAUAAUGGCUGUAUAUAAUAGGCAAAAAAUAUAUAUUUACCAAACUCUUUAUGGACUGAAUGAUUAUAUAUUUCAUUUAAAUCUGGUGCACACACAGAUCUCUUCGUCUUCUCUUAACAUUUUUUUAUUUGUAUAGUUAAACAGACCUCCAUAUGGAGUGGGUCGUUCCUUUACAGCAUGAUUUACUAGCAACACUUUUUAACUUAAAUAGCUGACCAGUGCAAUUUGCUAAAUGUAACACACACUCAUUUUUUUUUGUAAGAGUGUUUUAUUUUUGUGUGUAAUUAGAUCUGAUUAAACGUGCCUUCCUGAUGGGAUCACUGUGGCCGCCUGCUUCUGUAUGACUGUGUCCAAAUAAUCCAUGAAAUAUAUGGUUUUAAUGUUUUUCAUUGACAUAUCAACCAACCAUUUCAGUAAUCGAGUUAAAGAGGGGAGAAUUUCUAUCACUGAUUCU